UGCGCAAAGCACGAAAUCAGCUGUGGCGGUUCUCGAACAACGUCUAUAAAAGCAUUAACCAAAAGGACUUCAUUUCCUCUAUUGAACUUAUUAUGCUUCUAACAAGGCUGCCGGACAAGAUGACUUUGGCCGCCGCCGUUUUAUUUUUCCUUUUGACGCUAGUUUCUAAUUCAAGAGCUGAUCGAGAUUUCGAUGUUCGUCAUCGCCUCUCUACCGUAACAAGAUAUUCUGCAGUGAAAGAUAUUGUAGACUAUUCCUUUCAGCCUACUGAUAUUCCUGUUGGAUGUACUCCUAUCCACUUAAAUCUCGUGGCAAGACAUGGAACUCGUUCUCCUACUAAGAAGCGGAUGAGAGAGUUGGAAAAGUUGGCUUCUCAUAUAAAGGAACUUCUAAAAGAUGCCAAAGAAAAGAAUUUGUCCCCACAGAAAGUUCCUGCUUGGUUACUGAAAUGGGAAUCCCCUUGGAAAGGGAAAUUGAGGGGUGGAGAAUUAGAUACAAAAGGAGAAGAGGAAUUAUAUCAACUUGGAAUCAGGGUUAGGGAAAGAUUUCCUGAUUUAUUUAAUGAGGAAUACCACCCUGAUGUGUAUCCAAUAAAGACUACGCAAGUUCCUCGGGCUUCUGCCAGUGCUGUUGCAUUUGGCAUGGGGCUAUUUAGUGGCAAUGGAAGUCUAGGACUGGCGCGUCAUCGAGCUUUUGCUGUUACAAGUGAAAGUCGUGCAAGUGACAUAACCCUGAGGUUUUUUGAUUGUUGUCAAACCUAUAAGGACUUUAGGAAAAGCCAUGAGCCUGCUGUUGAUAAACUGAAAGAACCCAUCAUUGCUGAAAUUACCUGUGCAUUGGCAAAGCGAUAUGAGUUCAAUUUCACAAGACAGGAUAUAUCUUCUCUCUGGUUUCUUUGUAAACAGGAAACAACCUUGUUGGAUAUAACUGAUCAAGCUUGUAGUCUUUUCAGUCCCACUGAGGUGGCUUUGCUGGAGUGGACAGAUGAUUUAGAGGUGUUCAUGUUAAAGGGCUAUGGUAAAUCCUUAAAUUAUCGAAUGGGAGUGCCUCUGCUUAAAGAUGUCAUUCAAUCCAUGGACCAAGCACUCAAGGCUAAAGAAGAUAAUCAAGCUCCUGGCAGUUACGAGAAGGCAAGAUUGCGUUUUGCACAUGCAGAAACAGUGGUUCCUUUUUCAUGCUUGCUUGGGCUUUUCCUUGAAGGAUCUGAUUUCCAACGAAUACAAAAGGAGGAGCCUUUGGAUUUCCCUCCUAAACCUCCCAAGAACAGAAGUUGGAGAGGCAGCAUUGUGGCCCCUUUUGCUGGAAAUAAUAUGCUGGUCUUAUACAGUUGCCCAGCUAAUUCUUCAAGCAAAUACUUCGUGCGAGCUCUACACAACGAGCAUCCCAUUGCAAUGCCUGGUUGUGGCGGUACUGAUUUCUGUCCAUUUGAAGUUUUCAAGGAGAGCAUUGUAAGUCCGCACUUGAAGCAUGAUUACAAUACCCUUUGCCAAGUGAAUCUUGAUCAACCAAAGCAGAAGCCUGAAACCAGUAAGUUAUUGAAACUGUUCCGUUGGCUCUUUUCGUUCGGGAAUGAUGAUAUACCAUCCGAUAGAGUUGAAUUGUAGUUUGCUUUUCGGGGAAAGAAAAAAAAAGAAAGUAUAAAUCUUAAUUUUUCCCUUGUUGCCACUCUUUAGUGUGAUUUUCAGUUACAGACUAGCGGAGUUCUACUCUGGAUUGAUUCCAUUGCUGACACAAAACAAAAUUUGCCACAAGAUCUCUUGGUACGAUACUCCUUUUCUGAUUGAAGGAUUCUUGUCGUAGGAGUAGAUUUUCGAACAAUAGUUGGAAUGACAUAGCUUUGUAGCAUACAUUCGCGAAUUAAUAUCUAUAUUGGCAAAUACCUUUCCGUGUAGGCUUCAUGUAUUGUUUUGGUGGAGGAAUCAUCUCUCUGUGUUCGCAUCCUGGAAUGAGUGGAAUGUUAGCUUAAAUCAGGCAUAGAUUAUGUGACUGAUUGACCAAUCUUGAAGAAACGCUUAGCAGAAAGUUUGUUUUAAUAGCUUGUUAUUUAUGCUUUAGAGUUUAGGGUUUGUUUUAAUAGUUCAUUUUAAUAGCCAAUUUUUUACAGAGGUUUAAAUGGGGAGAGAAUGAAAUUAGAUUUGGAAACUUUGGCCACUGUUCAAAGAAAUAAUACACAUGCAAUACCAACUUAUGAAUGAAUAUGCUGCAAGUUUGACUGA